AGAUGUGUAUAUAAGGAAGGAGUUUGUUGUUAUAAACCAGGGCAUCCAGGCUUAGAGUUGCUAAAUUAAGGAGAGUUCGAGCAUUAGAGUUACUUCAAAGAUAUUUGGAAAUGAAGACUAACAUUCUCCUUUUGGUCUGUUUAGUAGUUACUGCCAUUUUUGGGGUUUGUCAGGGAAGCAGUCUCAAGAAGAGUUUCUAUGAGAAAACCUGUCCACGUGUGGAGAAGAUUGUCAAGAGUGUCACCUGGAAGCAUGUCUCCAGCAACCCCAACUUGCCGGCAAAGCUUCUCAGAAUGCAUUUCCAUGACUGUUUUGUUAGGGGUUGCGAUGGAUCAGUACUAUUGAACUCAACAGCAAAUAGCACUGCAGAGAAGGCAGCAAUACCGAACCUAUCUUUGUCAGGCUUUGAUGUUAUUGAUGAUAUUAAAUCAGCAGUUGAGAAGGAAUGUGCAGGAAUUGUAUCUUGUGCAGAUAUCUUGGCUUUGGCUGCUAGGGACUCCGUUUCAUUCCAAUUCCGAAAACCAAUGUGGAAAGUGCUCACAGGUAGAAGAGAUGGCCUUGUUUCACUCGCCACAGAGGCCUUAGCCAACAUUCCAUCGCCUUUCUUUAACUUCACUCAACUCCAGCAAAAUUUUGCCAACAAAAAUCUUACAGUGCAUGACCUCGUUGUAUUGUCAGGUGGGCACACAAUUGGAAUAGGUCACUGCAGUUUCUUCAGCAACAGGCUCUACAACUUUACUGGAAAAGGUGAUCAAGACCCUUCUUUGAACUCAUCCUAUGCCCAGUUCUUAAAGACAAAAUGCAAAAGCCUCAAUGACACAACAACAACUGUAGAAAUGGACCCCGGUAGCUUUCAAAAGUUUGACAGCCACUACUAUAAUAUCCUUCUGCAGAAGAAGGGUCUCUUCCAAUCUGAUGCGGCUCUUCUAACAAACAAGCAAGCCAAAUAUACUAUCCAAGAAUUGGUUAGGCAAAACGAAUUCUUCGAAGAAUUUGCGAAAUCAAUGAAGAGAAUGGGAGCAGUUCAGGUCCUUACUGGCACUGCUGGCCAGAUUAGGAAGAAAUGUUGGAAAGUCAAUACUUAAAGGUGCUCCAGGUCAACGUAAAUCUGCAUGCUUUGUUUCAUUGGAUCGAUUUUAAUAGGUUUUAGGUGUUGGCAACGUAUCGUUGCUUUUGUAACAUCUUUUUCUUUUUUUGGGUUGAAUCUGCAUUAAGCAUUAUGUAUCUUUAUUGAAAAAAAUGAGUAAGUAUUGUCAUUGAUGUGAUUUACAGAUUG